UAAAUUAAAGUAUUUCUUUGAGCUGCUAGAAGACUUGACCUUAGAGAGAGAGAGAGAGAGAGAAAGAAAGAGUCCUGUAAAUGGUGAAAAGCGCCUAUUAUGACAAAAACGGACUGAAAAGAGGUGCGUGGAGUCCAGCAGAAGAUAAUUUGUUAAGGGAGUAUGUACAGAAAUAUGGCCAUUGGAACUGGCGUGAACUUCCCAAGUUUGCUGGGCUACCAAGGUGCGGGAAGAGUUGCAGACUACGAUGGAUGAACUACCUCCGGCCAGAUGUAAAACUGGGGAAGUACACAAAAGAAGAAGAUGAAAUAAUCAUCAAGUUACAUGAAGAACAUGGGAAUAAGUGGUCCAUGAUUGCCACCAAAUUACCAGGCAGAACAGAUAAUGAAAUAAAGAACCACUGGCACACCCACCUAAAGAAGAGGGCAAAGGAAAGCCCGACGACGUCGUCUAAGAUGAAAGAGCAGCUUAGUGAGGCUUCCAAGUGCGAAAGCAGCCAAAAUAGGGACUCAGAAGCUGAAGGUCCCUCUCACUUUAUUUUGGAGAGCUCUCCAUUGUCGUCUGAAACAUGUUCGAGUGAUUUCUCCUCCUUGAGCUCUAAUCAUUCACUUCUAUCUGGAAUGAAUUGCGCUGUCGAAGACACUCUUGCUUCCUCAGAAACACCUGAUCAUGAAUUUGGUGGAGAUUUCUGGACUGAACCAUUUUUUGCAGACAACAGCUUCAUUCAAAAUAGUUGUCCAUUAGUGCCCUUCUUAGACGGGGGAUUCAUAUCGCCGGAUGUUUCAUAUCAUGAUGAUGGCAUAGAUUUGUUUUGGGAUUUGGGUUUGUAAGAGAUUUGUGUGCACUUAUAUUUUGCGGAUUGAUAUGCUUUAUAUGUGGUAAUUAAUUGUGAUUUAUUAGAAGAAUCCAAAGUAUAAUUAUAUGCU